GUGAAGGAGUCGGACGACGAGUGCGACAACAACAGGGGAGCGCCGUUGUCUGACCAUGCAGGAAAGGCAUUUUGCCCCCAGCUAAGCGAGCGCAUCGAACCGCGCUACAACUCUUGCCUGCCAACGUCGCAGUACGGCGCAAUUAAAGGAGGUGGGACCGAUGUUGCCCACAACCUGGUUCGCGCCGUUAUAGAAUAUGCGUCGUCGCAUUGUUUGUCAAUAUUUGUGCUGUUCAUUGAUUUGGUCAAGGCUUUCGACGGAAUCAUCCGCGAACUCAUAUUUGGCUUCUCAGCUUCUUCCCAAGAGUCGCCCGUCGAGUACUUGGCGCCCCUCGGCGUUGACCAGGACGUUGCCGAGUGGCUGGCGUCUUACAUAUGCUCCGAAGGAGGCGUGUUUGAACAGUGGAACGUGGACCUGAAAGUUACCUCCCUUGUGGCGCGGCUGCACGAGGGGCCGCGGUUCCCGCGCGGCUCGCUCGACACAGUUGCGCGGUCGCACAAGGGAGGGCGCCGGGGAUGCAUCUUCGGAGCUGCGGUUUUCAACGCGGGAUACUCGGUCCCGAUCAAAAUGUUCCACGAGGACAUGAGGCGCAAAGGCAUUGCCCUACGCGCGAG